UCAUCAGUCUUCGUUUCUUGGUUAAUAGAUCUCUGAAGAAAUGAGUCUAACUGGUAAACUGGUUUUCCAAAUCGAAAUUAAGUCCAAUGGAGAUAUGUUUCAUGAGCUCUUCAAAAACAAACCACAUGAAAUGUCCUCCAUAAGCCCUGAUAUCGUUCAUGGUUGUGAGCUGCAUCAUGGUGAUUGGGGAACAGUAGGAUCUAUCAUCUUCUGGACAUAUACUCACGAUGGACAAAAGAAGGUGGCGAAGGAGAUAAUUGAGUCUAUAGACAAGGAAAAGAAGUCGGUCACAUUUAAGGUGAUUGAAGGAGACCUGUUGAAGUUGUACAAGAGCUUCAUCAUUACUGUUCAGGUUGAAAAUCAUGGUCAAAACAACUUGGUUAUAUGGACCCUCCAGUACGAGAAAUUGAAUCACAGCGUCCCUGAUCCAACAACUAUAGCAGACCUUGCCACCAAACUCACUAAGGAUAUUGAGACUCACCAUCUCAAAUGAAGGGCCUAUGAUUUCCGAAUCAUGAUCAUAUGAAGCAUAAAUUUGAUUACAAGUUGCUAUAUUUGUAAGCGUAUGUUGUGAAGGAUGUGAACUUGAUGAAAAAGAUUGUGGCAUGUCCAAUGUGAAAGACUCAAGUAAUUGUGUGUUUUCUUGUUGUACUGUUUUGGUAUGUUAGUAAUUCUGUAACCAGCCUAUCAUCUGUUAUAAGAAUCUUUGUGCAACAUAAAUAAAACGAGGG